AUGACUAAAGAACACGCUAUUUGGUCUCCAUAUGACAACAAUGGAGGAUCAUGUGUCGCUGUUGCUGGGUCAGACUACUGUGUGAUUGCAGCAGAUACAAGGAUGUCCUCUGGUUACAACAUCCUCACUCGUGAUUACUCCAAAAUCUCUCACCUAGCUGAGAAGUGUGUUAUGGCUUCUUCGGGUUUUCAAGCUAAUGUGAAGGCUUUGCAGAAGGUUUUGUCUGCUAGACAUUUGACAUAUCAGCAUCAACACAACAAGCAGAUGAGCUGCCCUGCAAUGGCUCAGUUGCUUUCAAACACACUUUAUUACAAACGCUUCUUUCCUUAUUAUUCUUUUAAUGUGUUGGGCGGCCUUGACAGUGAAGGAAAGGGAUGUGUCUUCACAUAUGAUGCUGUUGGUUCCUAUGAGAGGGAUGUUGUUACUCCACUGUCUGAAUCAGAAGCAGUUGAUCUGGUCAAAACUGUUUUUGCAUCUGCAUCUGAGGGAGAUAUAUACACUGGGGAUAGAGUUGAAAUUGUGAUCCUAAACGCCAGUGGUAUUCAUCGUGAAUUCAUGGAGCUAAGAAAAGAUUGA